AUGACUUACUGUGAAGGGUUCCUUAUGGACAACGAAGACAAGAACCUGACAGGCUGUUCCAAUCGGACGAUGCUUUUCUCGUUCGACCCGGCCCAGGUGUUUGCAAAAGAAACGGGAAAUACCACGUCCUUGUCAGAUCUCGGCUGGCCCAGCUCGGUGACGGAGGACUUUCAGGCAUUCCGCCUCACCAGCCGGGGCAUGAGCGUAUUCUACUGCAUUGGCGUGGGACUCGCAGGCCUGGCGAUGCUGGAGCGACUAUGGAGGGUGGUCACUCGCGGACCGCCUCAGUCUGCGAUGGGACUCUGUUCACUGUUGCUGAGCUUCAUGAUGUUCAGCAUCGCAUCGAUUAUUGCGACGGUGAUUGCGUUCCAAUUCGUGGAUCUAAUCAAUUCGCAUGGAGAGUCGGCCAACGUGACGGCGGAGUAUGGGCGAACAUUCCUGGGAAUGACGUGGGCGGCUGCCGGGCUAACCUUGGUGGGAAGUAUGGCCAGCCUUGCGAUGGUGAUGCUAGAUCGGGUACGGCCCGGUGCAGUAGUCGGCGGUGGUGGUGGAGGAGAAGGAGGAAAACCGGCAAUGGUGGAGGAUUCGGACUCGGUACGAUCACGGCUCUGA